AUAGCCUAAGGAACAAACGUGCACAAUAAAUUUAAAAUUUAUACGAAAUUUAGAAGUAACAAGUAUUCACUGAAUCAGAGACUGGAUGGCCGCAGGAAAACAUAAUAAUAAGAGAGCUUGAGGAUCAGAAUAAUGGUGACAGUAAUAAUUGGAUAAAUAAGGCUUUAAAACAAAUAUCACAGUGGGAUCAGAGAAGUCAUGGAGGCAGAAAGCCCUCAAAACCCUGCAAUAAAAGAGGGUUUUGGUCUACUCGGAGAAGUCCAUUACGAAGAUUUAGGUAAUGGGAGACUGAAAUGCUUGGAAACUGGUCACGAAUUGCUGCUAAAGGAUGCGGAUUCUUACGGCAAAAGUAAGAAGUGUCGCCUGGCUCUCAUUGAUCGCGCACUACAAAAUAAAAGGGCACCGUUGAAUUCUUUUGAACAGAGUCCGCUUGACAGAUGUAAGUUGAUUUGUAAACUGACAGGUGACACUGUCAACAAAACAGAAGAACACAUCUGGAAGCAUAUAAGUGGGAGAAAAUUUCAGAAUAAACUAGCUCAGAAAGAGUCAGAGAAGAAGUUGAGCAAAGGAGAGAAGUCAGAAAAUGGAUCUGAAUCAAAAAAGAUUAGAAUCAAAGUCAAGAAGAAAAAAAAUGUAGAAAUGGAUAACAGUGAUUCAGCUCUGAAUGCAGAUGCUGACUCAAAGAGUGAUUUUGAGGAACCAGAUUUUUGGACUCCUCCUGUAGGCAGUCGGUGGGAUUAUGAUGAUGGCAGAGAUAGAUGGAAAGAUUCCAGAAGGUCAAAAGCAAGACUGAAAAUAGGGGAGAAAACUGGUUCCAAGAACAGUAUCGUUGAAGAAGUGUUUUAUUCAGGAGGUGUUGUAGCUGAAGAUAUAACUAUCAGCAGGACUAAGCGCAUGUCCAUAUCAGUUGGUCCAAGUAACUUUGCAUCACAGAAGAAAAAAAUCAAGCCAAUCGAUCAGUUGGUCCAAGGAACUCCUGUAGAAGACCAAGUGUUGUAAUCUGGAAGUCAUUUACCUUGUUGACUUUUUAAUUAUAGAAUUUCUUUUUAAUUAUCUGGGGAGAUGUAUAGUUAAGCAAAAGGAGUUAUCAGCAUUUUAUUUUAUUUAAUACGGGUGGAGAUAGGACUUGAAGUGGAUGGUAAUCACAACAGCAAAUGUAAACAGGCUGCAGUAAUUUGCUUGGUGCUUAAAUAUAUUUUUGGUUUGGAUACAAGUGAGAUGCGCAGUAAGCAUUUCUGUUGAAUAUGUCGAGUACAAAUCAUAGAUUCAUUUUUUCAAUUGAAAACUCAAAUGUUUAAGUCAA